AGUUAAAUGACGUAGCACACGCCCCUCCUCUAGCCUUGUGUUUUACAGGAAAUGGUUCACUUUAGCCGCCAGAGCUAAAGUGAAACUUAAACUAUCGGGACACGUUUGAGUCCAAAUUCAUCCCGGGAAGACGAAUCGCACUUUUUUUUUCCCCCUAAAACGUUUCCACGCAGCUCAAACCUUUUCUUCGUCAUGGCUGACAAACUGAGGAUUGUCCUGCUGGGGAAAACUGGGUCUGGGAGGAGCAGCCUGGCCAACACCAUCUUGGGGAAGGACGUUUUCGAAGUGAAGAAUUUCACCAGCUCAGCGGUCACUCACUGCCGGUCAGAGGCCCAACGAGUUCACGGCAGGAGCCUGGCUGUGGUCGACACGCCCGGCGUCUUCCACUCUGGACUGUCUGAGAAGGAGCAGAAGCGUGAGAUAGAGAGGUGUAUCUCAGAGUGCGCUCCGGGGCCCCACGCUUUCCUCAUCGUGCUCAAAGUGGAGAAGUUUACGGAGCAGGAGAGCCAGGUCAUCAGAAUCAUACAGGAAUGUUUCUCUGCAGAGGUUUUCAAGUAUUCUGCUGUUGUUUUCCCACUGGGCGACCAGUUGGCGGAAGACAUGAGGAUAGAGGAGUUUGUUAAAAAAAAUCAGCAACUGAAAGAUCUGGUGGAGAAGUGUGGAGGGAGAUGCCACGUCGUUGAUAACAAGUACUGGAAAAACAAACAGGAUGAGGUCAGAAACAACGGGUUCCAGGUGGAACAGCUGCUCAACACCGUCGAGAAAAUGGUGACAGAAAACCACGGCGACUACUACAGCACACACAUGCUGCAAGACUGGCAGAAACAGAACCAACAACCCAUAGUCCACCGUUUAUUUCAGAGUGUUAUGAAAUAUGUAAGACUGAAGCCUGUGUUCAUUUUUAGUGUGAUAAUUGUAGGUUUAAUUAUAUGGAGAAGAUGGGAAGAACAUCCCACUGAGAUCAGAUAAUCAGACGAUUAUCUGGUCCGAUUAUUAGGACCAGAUAAUCGGGUUGGAUUGAUUACAGAAUCCCUACAGCUGAUCUCAAACUGACAGCAGCUCCAUCAUGAUUAUUGUCCUAAGAUUUGCUGCUCUGAGUGAAAAAAAGGAAUUUAAAAUGGAUUUUCACC